CUAAUAUUAUUUCAAUCUUCCCUCCUCACUGGGGUGUGUCCACUUUGGUGAUUCACUCCUGCACCCUUUAGUCACUAUGAAUGAGAGUAAAGCAAAUUAAAGGCAAUGCUUGGAGUGCUCUAGACAUUGCAUUACUUUAGGCUAUAGAAAAAUUGUUAAUAUUAACAAUGUCCUAAUUAUUCGGGCCGGGUAAGAAGCUUUAGAUGGGUGAACAUAGAGGCCUACCUGCUUAUGCUAAGUUUUUGGUUACUCAUAGCCAUGACGGACGCCAACAAGAUGAUCAUCAACUUGGCCCUCUUCGGCAUGACUCAGAGUGGAAAAAGUUCUGCUGGCAACAUUCUUCUAGGAAGCACUGACUUCCACAGCAGCUUUGCUCCAUGUUCUGUGACCAGAGAGUGUAGUCUGGGCCGCAGUUGUCACCUCCAGGGCUUCAUGCGUCGAGGGGGGCAAGAGGUAACCCUGCAGGUCCGGGUGCUGGACACUCCAGGUUAUCCGCACAGCAAGCUGAGCAAGGCACGUGUGAAACAGGAGGUGAGAGAAGCCCUGGAACAUCACUUUGGGCAAGAGGGUCUCCAUCUUGCACUGCUGGUCCAGAGAGCAGACGUGCCUCUCUGCGGACAGGAGGCAUCUCCCUCAGUCCAGAUGAUCCAGGAGCUUCUGGGACAUGCUUGGAAGAAUUAUACUGCCAUUCUUUUCACCCAUGCAGAAAAAAUAGAAGAGGCUGGGUUCAAUGAAGCUGAAUACUUACACGAGGCCUCUGAUACAUUGCUGACCCUACUAAACUCUGUUCAGCACAGAUAUAUUUUCCAGCAUAAAAAAGGAACCUCGCUUAAUGAACAAAGAAUAAAAGUCUUAGAAAAAAUAAUGGAAUUUAUAAGAGAAAAUAGCUACCAAGUUCUUACCUUUAAAUAACAUUUAGAUAAAAGGAAAAGAACAUUGGUUUUAAUACCAGAAACUUGGUUUCAAAAGGGUCUUUGUUAGAAUGGAUGUGGACCAUGAGAAUGCCAAUAUCCUGACAGUGAAAGUGUACACUGGUAUACACACUAUGGAAAUUACCCAAAUGUUCAUCAACAGUAGCAUGGAUAAGCAAAUACUGGUAUUUCACACAAUAACAUGUUAUAUGGUAAUGGUAAUGAAUGAACUGCAUGUAACAGUAUCAAUGAAUUGCCUAAACAUAAUGCUGAAAGCAAGAAGCCAAACAAACUCCACAAGUGUUGUCACAAACUUGAUUUUCAAUAUUUGAGUACCUUUUUCAUAUAUUCUUGUCUUUGAUUGGUGUUUUCAUCUUACACACCUAUUGCUAACAACAAUUUGAUCAAUGUAAAGUCAUAUCUUACUGUUACCUUAAUGUCCCAGACUACUACUGAAUUGAAGUAUUUUUUUAUAAGCAUGUUGGUCAUUAGAUUUGCUCUUCUAUGAAUUGCCUCUUCAUAUUUAUUGUAUUUUUCUAUUGGACUACUUCUCACAAAGAUUCUGUGUUUAACCAAAACUUUAGAAAGGCUCCUGAAACUUCUCCAGGCCCAUCUGUGCCUUGUAAAAUCUAGUUUUAGCAAGAACUGGGCUGCUUAAACUAAGUCAGUUUAACAAGAAUCCUCUACCUUCUUUUUUGGAUUGGAUUUCUCAUCCUCUAUUAUCCCCCUGGUGAUGUUGGAUCACCCUUGCUUGUCUGCGGCAAAGAUCCUGUUAGGUUGAUGUGGCCAGAUUCCCCUGACCCUUGGUGCUUCCUCUUGGUAACUGUCCAUCCACAGAUCCCCACCCCUGCUACUUGGCUAUAAAUUCCCACUUCCCAUACUGGGCCCAAUCUAUCUCCCCACUAUAAAAUCCCAUUGUGGUUCCUAUAUCUAUCUUGGUAUUACCAUCAGGUCUGCCUUACCAACUUUAACAGUGCCACUGAAUAUAUUUCUCUUGAACACCUCUUGCUUGGCAAAUUGGAAGAGCUCUAUCUAAUCUAAUAAAAGACAAACAUGCAAAUUGACCAUACCUUCACUACACCUUAAGUGACGCCCACCAGCCAAUCAGAGCGACUAUAUGCAAAUUAACCCAACCAAGAUGGUGACCAGCAGCCACGGAGCUGGAGUGAGCGGGAGGCUUGGUUGCUCCAGUGAUGGAGGAAGCCAAGCUUCCCGCAUGGCAUGGCCAGCUCUGAGCUCCACUGAAGGCAACAAAGUUUCAAUUAUAGAAGAUAAAUAAACCCCAGAUACCUGCUUUCAGCCGGUUGUGGCCACGGAACUGGAGCGAGCAGGAAGC